AUCACGGCGCGGCGGGCGCGCGCAUCACUUCCUCGGCGCCCGCCCCGCCCGGCCCGCCGCGUCCCGGCCCGGCCCGCCCGGCCCAGCCAUGGCCGGGCCCGCCCCGCCCGCCGACGAGCUGCCCGGCCCGGCCCGGCGCCUCUACUCCAGGAUGGAGGCCUCCUGUCUGGAGCUGGCGCUGGAGGGGGAGCGACUGUGCAAGGCUGGCGACUUCAAGGCGGGGGUGGCCUUCUUCGAGGCGGCCGUGCAGGUGGGCACUGAGGACCUGAAGACGCUGAGCGCCAUCUACAGCCAGCUGGGCAAUGCCUACUUCUACCUGAAGGAGUUCGGCCGCGCGCUCGAGUACCACGGGCACGACCUGCUGCUGGCACGGACCAUCGGUGACCGCAUGGGGGAGGCCAAGGCCAGCGGGAACCUGGGCAACACCCUCAAGGUGCUGGGGCGCUUCGAGGAGGCGGUGGCGUGUUGCCAGCGGCACCUGGACAUCGCACAGGAGCAGGGGGACAAGGUUGGGGAGGCUCGGGCCCUCUACAACCUGGGCAACGUGCACCAUGCCAAGGGCAAGCAGCUAGCCUGGAGCAGCGCGCAGGACCCCGGCCACCUGCCGCCACACGGCCGUGACACCCUGCGCAGGGCCACGGAGUUCUACGAGAGGAACCUGGCCCUGGUGAAAGAGCUGGGUGACCGAGCGGCGCAGGGCCGGGCUUACGGCAACCUGGGCAACACCCACUACCUGCUGGGCAGCUUCCUGGAGGCCGCGGCCUACCACAAGGAGCGCCUGGCCAUUGCUAAGGAGUUCGGCGACAAGGCGGCGGAGCGGAGAGCUUACAGCAACCUGGGCAACGCGCACGUCUUCCUGGGGCGCUUCGACGUGGCCGCGGAGUACUACAAGAAGACACUGCAGCUGGCACGGCAGCUGCAGGACCCGGCGGUGGAGGCGCAGGCGUGCUACAGCCUGGGCAACACCUACACGCUGCUGCAGGACCACGAGCGCGCCGCCGAGUACCACCUGCGCCACCUGCUCAUCGCACAGGAGCUGGCCGACAGAGUGGGCGAGGGCCGGGCAUGCUGGAGCCUGGGGAACGCGUAUGUGUCCAUGGGGAGCCCAGCCCAGGCCCUGACCUUCGCCAAGAAGCACCUGGAAAUCUCCCAGGAGAUCGGGGACCGCGGCGGGGAGCUCACGGCCCGCAUGAACGUGGCCCAGCUGCAGCUGGCACUGGGCCGACUCAGCCCGGCGGCCACCGAGAAGCCCGACCUGGCCGGCUACGAGGCCCAAGGUGCCAGACCCAAGCGGACACAGCGGCUGAGUGCAGAGGCCUGGGACCUGCUGCGGCUGCCCCUGGAGCGGGAGCAGAACGGGGACAGCCUGCAGCACGCUGGGGACUGGCGGGGCCCUGGCAGGGACGCGCUGCCCCUGCCCCUGAGGAGCCACAAGUACCAGGAGGGGCCGGCCGCCGAGAGGAGGCCCCGCGAGGGCGGCCACUCCCCGCUGGACAGCGCCGAUGUCCGGGUGCAGCUGCCCCGCACGAUGUGGGUGAGCUCAGCAGGAAGCCCAGCUGCAGAGGGCAGCGGCGCAGGGCCUGGGGUCAGGCUGGCGGGCAGCAGUGGAGGGUCCCCCUCACUGCAGUCCUGCCCCUGCCCUGGCCCGCAGACCAUCCCCCGCGCGCCGUCCUCUGACGAGGAGUGUUUCUUUGACCUGCUGAGCAAGUUCCAGAGCAGCCGCAUGGACGACCAGCGCUGCCCGCUGGAGGACGGGCAGCCGGGUGCUGCGGAGGCCACGGCAGCCCCGGUGCUGGAGGAACGCAUGGCCCAGCCCGCCCUGACCGCUUCACCCCAGACCGAGGAGCUCUUCGACCUCAUCGCCAGCUCCCAGAGCCGCCGGCUGGACGACCAGCGGGCCAGUGUGGGCAGCCUGCCGGGCCUGCGCAUCACCCACAACAACCUGGGCCACCUGCGCGGCGACGGGGACCCCCAGGAGCCGGGGGACGAGUUCUUCAACAUGCUCAUCAAGUGUCAGUCCUCCAGGAUCGACGACCAGCGCUGCCUCCCGCCCGCCGUGCUGCCGCGCGGCCCCACCAUGCCCGACGAGGACUUCUUCAGCCUCAUCCAGCGGGUGCAGGCCAAGCGGAUGGACGAGCAGCGAGUGGACCUCGCCGUCAGCCCGGAGCAGGAGGCGGGCGGGCCUGAGCCCCGCGAGCAGUGCCAGCCCCAGCCGGGCGCCAGCUAAGGCCACUGGGCCCGGCCCCGCCCUGGCCGUGGAGGUGCUCCCGGAUGUCCGGGUCCUCCGUGGCCAGGCCCUGAGCCCCCCUGAGCCCCAGCCCCUGCCGCAGCCCCCCCAGGGCUCCGGGCUGUCGAGGGACUUCCUUCUGUCCUGGGCUAACCCCCACAUGGUACAUGGCCUCCUGCAGGCUGCCUGGCCCGGCCCUGCCUCACCCCUGGCCCUCCCCAAACCUGGUGCUGCCCACCGUACUGCUCUGCCCCCCGCCCCAAUGUGAACCCCCGUCUCUCCCAAACCUACGAAUGUCUCUGGGGGCAGCCAGCAGCUUGGACCUUCCCGUCCCCCUGGAGCUGGGUCCGAAAUGCCCAGUGCUACACCCCAGGCAGGACCCCCGGUGGGGGAUGGACACGGGCUGUCUGGGCGUCCUGGGGCCUCCGUCACUGCCCACCCUCACCACACCAGGACCCCCACAGGCACUGCUCACCCUGUCUGGACAGUGGGGGGUCCUGGUCUCUGCGUGGCCAACUGGCCCAACAGGCAGAAGCUGCCCCAAAGGCCUGACUGGCACCUUUGCCCGCCCUCACCCCAUGUGCCCUCAGAUGGGGGCGGGGGUGCUGCUCAGAGAGAGUAGCUGGACCCCCCACCCCUGGCACAGCCGUGGGGCAGGGGUGCCUCCCCGCAUACUUGAAUGUACCCGCAUUUCUCUUUAUCCCCCGCAUCGGCUGAGCCACGCCUCCUCCCCAGUGUUCCCAACUAAUAAACUCUGCCAUGUCCUGGC